GCGCCGAAGCAUGUCGCUGCCCGAGCCUCUGAGGCGGCGGCUCGGCUCCUUCAGCCGUACGGUCUUCACUGACAACCACCACACCGGUCCGCAGUACCCAGGCGACCGGGAAGAUAAUGAAAUAAUUUCCAGUUUGCCGCUACAGAUGUCUCUCUAUUUCAAUGUUUAUUUUUUCCCAUUUUGGUGGCUCUGCACAGUUGUCACGCUCUAUCUGAAGUAUCCAGACUUGUCAGAUUACUACAAGUUCAUCCUGGUUACAAUCAUGAUCCUAGCUUCUCUAAUAGAGGUCAUUCGACUCUACCUGGGAUACAUGGGUAAUCUGCAGGAGAAGGUCCCUGAGCUGGCUGGGUUUUGGCUUCUGACUCUCCUUCUGCAGUUGCCUAUAAUUCUGUUCUUGCUAUUUAACGAAGGUCUGAAAAUUCAGCCACUGGAGCGAGCAGUCCAUAUCAUCUUUGCCCUCUUCCUCAUCUUCCAAGUCUUUGCAGCCUUUGUCACCCUGAAAAGAAUGGUGAACAAACUGGCAACUCACUUCCGCCUUAAUGAAUUUGACCAGCUGGAGGAACACAGAGGGCUGGGUUUUUACAGCCUGGGGAAGGAAGAGAGAGCAAUUUCCAUGGCUGAUAGAGGCCCCACUGCUGCCUGGCAAUCACAGAGGGCCUGAAAAGCUAACAGAGGUGGGCCUCAUGUUGCUACAGCUCUGUUUCCACUUUGUUGGAUCAUUCUUUGCCUUCCUACAUAUCAAGUUUUAAUUUUUUAAAUCUCUCUAAGAGCCAACGUUAAACCUCAGAGGUCAGAGCUCCACUCUGCAAGAAAAAUCAAAGCCAGUUACAUAACUGGCUUGAGUGGACAAUUUGUGGACUGUUACUUUUUGCUUUUACAGUUUACAAAGUCAUGUGGCUUUUAAAAAAAAACCAAACAGAAGCCUUUUUUCCAUCCUCACUGUUUGCACAGAAUUGUAGGGUUUUUUGGGUUUUUUUUUACAAUAAAUCUUUUCUAU